AGCGGCUUAGCAGCAGGUAUGGUAGUGCGGUCGCAUGAGGAUAAAAGCUGACGGCAUUUGGCUCUAUGCUCACACAUGGUCUCGACAUCCAAACCGACGAUGAGCGCCGUCGUAUCUUUGGGCGUCUGGGACUACGUCCUUUUCGCUAUUAUGCUCUUUAUUUCUGCCAUCAUCGGCAUUUACUCGGCCUGUUCAGGGGACAAACAACGGACUGCGGAUGAGUAUUUCCUAGGAAAUCGUAAAAUGCACGUCGUCCCAGUCGCACUUUCAAUGAUGAUUACCUACAUAUCGGCUAUGUCGGUCCUAGGCAUCCCGGGAGAGAUCUACCUGUUUAAUACUAUGUAUAUGUGGAAUAUCCUCGGGUAUGGUAUAGGAGCACUUGUCUCUGCCCAGUUGUUUGUACCCAUCUAUUUUGAAUUGGAAUUGACAAGUAUAUACGAGUACUUGGAACUCCGUUUCAACAAGACCAUACGUGUAAUCAACAUGAUUAUAUUCUUCUUCCAAACGAUUUUUUACAUGGGAAUGGUAAUUUAUACACCAGCCCUUGCCCUAAAUGCAGCUACUGGAAUGAGUCUAACAGCCAGUAUCAUCUCAACUGGGUUAGUUUGCAUCUUCUACACCACAAUUGGUGGCAUAAAAGCAGUACUAUGGACCGAUGCUUUCCAGACAUUGGUGAUGGCUGGUGGGAUUGUUGCUAUCAUCAUCGCUGGCUCCAUAGAAGUCGGUGGAUUCAAUGAAGUCUGGGCAAUAGCCGACGAAGGGGAGAGAAUUAACUUCUUUGACAUGAGAACUGAUCUUACCAUUCGGAAUACCUUUUGGACCGUGACAGUUGGAACCUUUAUGACGACCUUCCAUUCAUUUGGGAUGAACCAAGCCAUUGCGCAGAGAUGCCUCAGUCUCGGCUCCGUCCAAAAAGCAAAACGAGCAAUAGGUCUUGCAGUGCUAGCUGAAUGGAUUGUCAUUAUACUCAUGGGAUUAUCUGGUGUGGUGAUGUAUUCAUAUUACUUCGAUUGUGAUCCGUACACUAAGGGCAAAGUCUUCAGCCCCGAUCAGAUCAUGCCGUACAUGGUGAUGGAGGUGUUCGCUAGGAUGCCCGGUAUCCCUGGAAUCUUCCUGUCAUCCGUUAUCAGUGCUUCCCUCAGUACCCUUUCCUCUGGUCUGAACGCUCUGGCGGCCGUAGCUGGAGAGGACAUAAUCAAGGUUUUGUGGCCAAGGCUCCAAGAGAAAACCUACACUGCAAUAUCAAAGCUUCUGUGUCUUGUCUUUGGAAUUCUGGCCAUUGGGGUUGCUUUUCUUGCAAUGGGAAUGGGAGAUCAAGUUCUAGAGAUUGGCAUAUCUAUCGCUGGACUGACAAGAGGGGCUGUUAUAGCCACGUUUACGUUGGGCGUAUGUAGUCAUAGGAUAAAUAACAAGGGUAUUAUAUUUGGAACCGUAGUAAGUACCGGCAUUCUAAUCUGGAUAAAACUUGGGAAGACGUUUGCAGAUAAUAUUAGGUCAGACAGACUCUCCUUAUCUGUUGAAGGUUGUGUUUUGGACGAAAAUUCAACAAACCUCACUUAUUAUUCAACAACACAAGCCGGUAUUGAGACAUUGGUAUCAUUCACCGAGUCAUCACUCAAUGGGACAGCAAACGCCGAAAGGACUGCAUUGGAAAAUUUCUACUCGCUCUCUUUCCAUCUUUACGGUACAUUUGGAUUCCUUAUGACCGUGGUUGUCGCUAUCAUUGUCAGUGCCAUAACAGGUUUUAAUGAUCCAGAAUCAGUAAACAAGCGAUUACUAAUCGAUAUCGGAGAUGCUUUUUGUUGUUUCCUACCUCGGCGGUGGCAGAGAAAGCUUCACAUUGGAGAUGACGUCAUUGGUGACGAACAAAAAGACGUCAAGAUUCGUGGGAUGACCAACGGAACUGCAUACGAAGAGAUCUCACAAGGCCUAGUCGAAAGCCCUACGGACAAGGAAUACCCGGCUACAACGUAUGAUACUAUGAUCUGAUGAUAAAGUGAAGAAAAUGAAUUAAUAUUUGAAGGGUAACUCCUUGGUUUAACGUUGUGAAAAAAUAUACUCAAAAGGUGAAGGAUCACUGACUCCAAUUGCUUGUACACCUAAAGCCAGCUUAAGCCAGCCUGACACUUGCACGAUUUUAUGUCACGCAUUGGCACGACUCAAGUCGUGCCAGUGCGCAAAC